UAUAUAAUCGGAGCUGCAGACUGCGGGACCAGCGGGUGUUCUGCAGGGAACGAAAUUAAGAUGAAUUAACAGUAAAUAGAUAAGUAACCACGACGAGAACCCAAGAGGUUCCGGCGAGAUCCUCGUAGGUAGUACUAAGUCAAAACAGAGUAGCAGUGGGAGAUCGACGAGAGAACAAAAGUGAGAGAAAAGAAAUGUACGCAAAAAUGAAGGCUCCCAUGCUCCUACCGCCACCAGGUAGACAAGCGGCUGGAGUGCCGUCAUCGUCGUCAAGUAGCAGCAGCGCAGCGACAACUGCAGCCGCGGCCACUUCCGAAAUCGUCACGCGAUUCCCGGCACCCGAGCCACCCAUGCACCUCGAGCCGUCCACCUUCAAGAAGCAGUCAUAUCAUCAAGCACUCCUACGCUACUGUAGCGCACCGGACUUGGCACUGAUGCUACAAGCGCACACAGAAGGGACGCUGAUCAACAGGUACUACCGCUUCCAAGUUUUCAGAGACUGGUGCGCCGCGCGGCCAAUCCCUAUCUAUGAGCCGUACGAGAUCGAGCACAUCAGGCUGUACUGCCUGCACAUAGCCGCGGUCAGCGACCACUCCAAGCUGGCGCUGACCGCUUUUACCGCGGUUACAUACCAAUGCAUCAUGCCGCCCAUCAACCCGAAGACAGGCCGAACAUACCAAUGGCUAGCGUCACACCCGUGCGCCAUAAAAGCACUAGCAAUAGCACAUGACGAUGUGAAACGAACCGUCAAGAAAGAGGAGCAGCACAAGGCGCCGCCCAUCCAGCUACAAGAAACCGCCAAACUGCAUACCAGCGACCGGCAAC